AUGAUGUUUGAAACUGAAGUAAAUGUUCACCCUAUCGAAACACAUAUAGUUGAAAAUGUUGCUGCAAAUGAUUUAUCAAAUGCCACAUAUGAAUCUGAAAAAAUAGACGGAGUUGAUGUGAACUUCGAAUGUGAAAAAGAUGAAAGCAUAGUGGGAAAGGGGACAAAUGAACCUUAUCGAAAGAUACUUGUAUGCGACAAAGAAGGUUUUAAACGAGAGGAUGGUGAUACUUCAAGUGGGCAUGAAAAAAAACAUCGUAGAGAAGUUAAAAUUGGAUGCAAAGCAAUGCUUCGAAUUUCAAAAAAGAAUGAUGGGAAAUGGUUUGUUGAGUUGUUUGAUGACAUGCUCAAUCACGAAUUGAGCAGCACACCAACGAAGGUGAUGAAGCAUCGGUCACAUGUGAAGUUCCACCGUACAACAGUAUGUAAAUCUCUCAUGCUGAAACUUAAUCAAUUAGGGUUGAAACCUUCUCAAAUUAAAAAAGCUAUUAAUGCAAUGAAAACCUCAAAUGAAGUUGAUGUAACUUCAAAACAAUGUGUUGAUGUAUUAUCUGAGCAACGAAAACACAACAGAGGAAGGGAGUUCUAUGGACUAAUAAAACAUCUGCAAGAUAAAGCAUUAUUGGAUAAUGAUCAGUAUUAUGUUGUGGAUUUGUGCAGUGAUGGGUAUCCUAGAAAUAUUUUUUGGGCCGGUGGUAGAUCAAGAGACGAUUUUACUAAAUUUGGAGAUGUUGUUGUGUUUGAUGUCACUUAUAUGACAAAUAAAUUCAAGAUGCCUUUUGCUCCAUUUACUGGGGUGAACCAUCAUGGACAUUCUAUACGUUUUGGUGGAGCAUUGCUAGAAAAUGAAAAGGAAGAAACUUUUGUAUGGUUGUUUGAGCCUUUCCUAAAAUUUACGUCACGAAGGGUCGCCGAAGAAGAUGAAGAUUUCAAGACAAUGAACUCAAGGGCCGCCGAAGAAGAUGAAGAUUUCAAGACAAUGAACUCAAGGUCGGUUCUUUCCUCAAUACAUCCAAUAGAAGCAAAAGCAGGUGGAACCUUAAUGCUAGGUACAAGGUGGGAUCAAGCAAUACAGAAAAAGUCGUUACCAGUUGAGAAUGUAUCUCAAGGUCCUAGUGUGAGAAUUUCACAAGUCGAUAUGAUGCCUCAGUUAUCUGUCCGGGAUCCUCUUGGUCCAACUAACACGAAAGGGCGUCCUAAAAUUGCUAGUAGAAUCAAGUCUUCUUUAGAAGUUCCAAAAAAAAGAACACGCUCUUACUGUCAAGGAUUGGGUCAUUAUGCUACUAGUUGUUCUAAAAGAAAGGUAGAUGAAUCAUUGCAAGAGAAACAAUGA